AUGUGGCCCCCGGACCCGGAGCCCGAGCCGGAGCCCGAGCCCGCGGGCCGCUCGGCGCCGGGCGGGGGGGUCCCGGGGCUGCGCGCCCUGCUGCCCGCGCGCGCCUUCCUCUGCUCCCCCAAAGGCCGCCUCCUGCUGGCCGAGUCGGGCCUCUCCUUCAUCACCUUUGUCUGCUAUGUGGCGUCCUCAGCAUCCGCCUUCCUCACCGCGCCCCUCCUGGAGUUCCUGCUGGCCCUCUUCUUCCUCUUUGCGGAUGCCAUGCAGCUGAAUGACAAGUGGCAGGGCUUGUGCUGGCCCAUGAUGGACUUCCUGCGCUGUGUCACAGCGGCCCUCAUCUACUUUGCCAUCUCCAUCACAGCUGUCGCCAAAUACUCGGAUGGAGCUUCCAAGGCAGCCGGGGUGUUUGGCUUCUUUGCUACCAUCGUGUUUGCCAUUGACUUCUACCUGAUCUUCAAUGACGUGGCCAAAUUCCUCAAGCAAGGGGGCUCUGCAGAGGAGCCCACAGCCAACAAGGAGGAAGAAGAGGAUUCCGACUCUGACUCCGACUGA